AAAAAGUAAACACACUAGAGAAACUAUAGAGGUAGAGGUGAACAUAAAGAGUUUCCAAAUAAGAGAAAGAGUGAUACGCUUUAGCAUAUCAUGAUUUAGCACACGUAUUGCAUACUUGUUAUCGUGUCAAGUCCGGAAGUUGGUUCAUUAAAACUAAGCGGUCGUACCACCCAUUACUUCAGAUAUCAAUCCCGUGGUGAUAGCCCAGCUCGAGUUCCUAUACCUCCACAUUCUGAAAAUCAUUGACAUACUUAAAGGUAUCAUGCAGCUAUUGACGCCAGAAAUUGUAUCCCUGAAAUUAAAAAAAUGUCUAGCUUAGUUGUUUCUUGCAAUGGAGAAGGGGUUGGUUGGCAAACUCACUGUGCAUCAAUAGCUGUGCUAUCUUGUUGCUCUUAAGAACAUGAAGCGCUGGGUAAAAAUGAUUCGCUUCAUUGGUGGCCUGUGUCUUGUAACACUUCUCGGUAUUGCAUAUGUUAGCUAUCUCUGUCACAAUUCACUGUGUUUGGCUCCAGAGCAUUCUAGCCUCUCCCCCAGAUAUAGUGUUAGUUCCAGCAGUAGCAAGUCAGAAAUCCUAUCAUCACCUACCUCCAUGGUUAAACCGAUAAGUGGAUUUCCCUCAAAAAUCAACAUUAAAUCAGUUGCAUUUGAAGAGGCUUAUGAUUUGGGCUUUGACAUCACCAGUAGGGAUGUUAUAGUGUUUCUGCAUAUUCAAAAAACGGGUGGUACAACGUUUGGCCGGCAUCUUGUCAAAGAUCUGAAUUUAGAGAAUCCUUGUAAUUGCCCAAGUAAGCGCAAACGCUGUGAUUGUUUCCGUCCCAACACCAUCAAUGAGCAGUGGCUAUUCAGUCGGUAUUCAACCGGUUGGAAGUGUGGCUUGCACGCAGACUGGACCGAGUUGACCGACUGCGUGGAGGGUGCGCUAGACGAGUACGAAGGAUCUGCAAGAAAAAGAAGAUAUUUUUUCAUCACUGUUCUUCGUGAUCCAAUUCACCGGUAUCUGUCAGAAUUCCGCCAUGUUCAGAGAGGUGCCACUUGGAAAAGUGCCCGGCAUUGGUGCGGUGGUCAGGAAUUUACGAGUCUGCCUCACUGCUAUAAGGGAUCCAACUGGACUGGCGUUGAGUUGGACGAGUUUAUGAAUUGUUCGUAUAAUCUGGCUCAUAACCGGCAAACACGAAUGCUGGCCGAUCUGACACUGGCUGGCUGUUACACUGGCUACAAUACGACAGCAGACCAACUGGAACGUGAUAGAAUCUUAUUGCAAAGCGCCAAACAGAACUUAGCUAGUAUGGCGUAUUUUGGAUUGACAGAAGAGCAGGCUGCUAGCCAAUACAUAUUUGAGCGAACGUUCCAUCUUGAUUUUGCAAACCCAUUUGACCAAGCAAAUGCAACUUUAUCAGCUCAGGCAAUAGCCGAACUAACGCCAAUUCAGCUAGAACGAGUUCGCCAGCUCAACAGCCUUGACAACGAGCUACUAGAAUUCGCCCGGCAGCUGUUGCACGAGCGAUUUAAGAUGCUUAAACGACGGGACUCCCAUUUUAGGAGGAACUGGCUUCGCGUUAUCCAUCCCCAUAAACGGUUUCUGCAAUCCUUUUUCGGCACGGAAAUGAAAACACGCUUCCUAAAAUGAUUAUAAAGAUAUUAAUGCUACCCCAUAGAAACUAAAGUUAAUAAAAACCUCCAGGAUGA